AUGCAUCACCGAUUAUUAUCUGUCUUUCUUCGGCCCCUUUGCCCUUUUGCCGAAAUUUGGUCAUGGCGGACAUCUCUGUCCGCCUGUAUUUCAUCUGCCAACCCCACGACUUAUAGUUGCCGGCCCUUGCGCCAUGCUGACCACGACAAUCACAACCGAGUCUUGAGUUUCCCAUCCGUAAAAGGAGGUGUGUGCCAUCCCCUCAACCUCACUCGCCAUCUUAAGAAGUUGUCCCCACUUAUACCUUCCCGGCCUGUAGACGAUCUCAACUUGCUGUUUAGACUUCAUUGUCGUGGAUAUGCUUCCAAAUCAAAGCACUAUGUCGCAGUUCCCACCAGCUCUCUGCCAUUGACCACUGGCAAGUCGGCCGUUAAGCGAAAAAUGAAUGAGGUAAAUCUAGACAUUUUAAAUAUAAAAAAUGGUGUCCCAAUUUCUGUCACAGUUGCCACCAGCCAAACAGGGGGGGUGUAA